UGGCGGUAGACGCGACCGAUAGUAAGUUGUAGUCCGUAGCACGGACACGGAGCUGCUCGUUUGGAGGUACCUAGUUGGAGGUGGUAUCGCCGGCCGCCGUCGCAUCGGUGCCGGCAACGUUCAACGUGCGUUGUGUUUAUAUUGUUUAGUGUUUAUAGCGUGCACUGGACGCGUCGUAAUACUCGUUUCGCACACCGACGUCGCACGAACUAUUGUCAUACUAAUCGUCAUUCACUGCCGCCGAGUCCGAGUGUUGACUGGCGAUUGCCGACAUUUUUAUUUUAUUCAUUUCGUGAAAACGUGUUACACGUUUGACGACACUCGAUACACUAUUUUUUUCCGGGGCGAACGCCGCCAUAAUAUACAAUUUGUUUUUUACACACCAUUCUCACGUGAGUUCCUAUCGUGUGUGCACACUCCUUGUUAGUAAUAAUUAUUUAUCUAUCGCAAAGGUCCUCGUGUUCGAGUAGCCACUCGUGGAAUUUUGUCUACUAAUUCAGGAUACAUUUACAUCAUGUCAUUAAUGUGUCCUUCUGUAGAAGAGCCAGGGGUUAAUCAAGAAACCCCCACGUCUGUAGGAGAGCUGAAAAUUUUAAAAGAAACUCCAUCUUCAAAUGGAGAACAAGAGGUUUCAAAAGAAACCCUCCCUUCUGCUGAAGACCAAGAGGAUCUAAAAGAAACUCCAUCUUUAGAUGGAGAACAAGAGGUUUUAAAAGAAACUCUCCCUUCUGCUGAAGACCAAGAGGAUCUAAAAGAAACUCCAUCUUUAGAUGGUGAACAAGAGGUUUUAAAAGAAACCCCCCCUUCUAUUGAAGAACAUGAGGAUCUAAAAGAAACUCCACCUUCAAAUGGAGAGCAUGUGGUUUUAAAAGAAACCCCCCCUUCUGUCGAAGAACAAGAGGAUCUAAAAGAAACUCCAUCUUUAGAUGGAGAACAAGAGGUUUUAAAAGAAACCCCCCCUUCUAUUGAAGAACAUGAGGAUCUAAAAGAAACCCCAUCUUUGAAUGGAGAACAUGAGGUUUCAAAAGAAACCCUCCCUUCUGCUGAAGAACAAGAUGAUCUAAAAGAAACUCUACCUUCAAAUGGAGAGCAUGUGGUUUUAAAAGAAACCCCCCCUUCUAUUGAAGAACAUGAGGAUCUAAAAGAAACUCCAUCUUUGAAUGGAGAACAUGAGGUUUCAAAAGAAACCCUCCCUUCUGCUGAAGAACAAGAUGAUCUAAAAGAAACUCCAUCUUUAGAUGGAAAACAAGAGGUUUUAAAAGAAAAUCUCCCUUCUGUUGAAGACCAAAAGGAUAUAAAAGAAACCACCACUCCUGUUGAAGAACAGUUUCUAAAAGGAACCCUCCUUUCUGAUGCAGAUCUAGAGAAUAAAAAAAAACCCCUCCUUAUGAAGGAGAAAUUCAGGUUCUUUUAAAAGAAUCUGAA